AUGGGAACCACUCUACUCAGGUUCAAGAUAGAUAACAUUGACCUUAAGAAUAAAGGAAGCAAGCCUACUGUUAGAGUUUCUAACGUUGGCCACGCAUUGCAUGUCUGGCUCAAUGGAGAAUACCAUGGUAAGAUUGAGAAGCUACAGCAUUUAGAUGAAAUGGACAUGGUAGCCAUGAUGAGAAGAGCCCAUGGUUAUUGUCAGGACCCUGCUUCUGUUACUUUCUCUGUGCUAAGCCUAGCAAUGCAUUUCCAUGGCUGUCUCUCCUUCUUCAUUACACUAUACUAUAAGUUGCCUCUCAAACAAGAUAGGACGGUUUUCCACACUCGGGAUAUUGACAUCACAAAAAGGUUGGACUUCUCAUCUGCAAUAGCCGUUCUCGGAUUCUCACUCAUCGUAUCCAUCCUAAGAACCUUUGAUGUUCGGGUGGAGGCUGCAAGAGUCAUGGUAUCCGCUCCAGUACUAGCUUUAGUCACCACCCACGUACUGUACAUUAACUUCUACAAACUUGACUAUGCUUCAGGUUUAGCUAUGCUUUUAGAGAUAUAUGAUUUCUCUCCGUAUGGAGGCUACGUCGAUGCUCACUCUAUUUGGCACCUCGCCACAGUUCCUCUAACCAUUCUCUGGUGGAGCUUUAUUAGAGACGAUGCUGAGUUCAGAACUUCCAGUCUUCUCAAGAAAUCUAAGACAAAGGCGAAGUAA